UCGGCCUCGCGAUAACUGCGCAAGCGCGGGCAAGGGUGGUCCUUUCUGAGGAGCUGGCAACAUGGCGGAAGUGGAGCAGAAGAAGAAGCGGACCUUCCGCAAGUUCACCUACCGCGGCGUGGACCUGGACCAGCUGCUGGACAUGUCCUACGAGCAGCUCAUGCAGCUGUACAGUGCGCGCCAGCGGCGGCGGCUGAACCGCGGCCUGCGCCGCAAGCAGCACUCGCUGCUGAAGCGCCUGCGCAAGGCCAAGAAGGAGGCGCCGCCCAUGGAGAAGCCCGAGGUGGUGAAGACCCACCUGCGGGACAUGAUCAUCCUGCCUGAGAUGGUGGGCAGCAUGGUGGGCGUCUACAAUGGCAAGACCUUCAACCAGGUGGAGAUCAAGCCCGAGAUGAUCGGCCACUACCUGGGAGAGUUCUCCAUCACCUACAAGCCGGUGAAGCAUGGCCGGCCCGGCAUCGGCGCCACCCACUCCUCCCGCUUCAUCCCCCUGAAGUAGCCUGCUCAGCCAAUAAAGACACUUCUCUAGUC